UGUUGGACGAAUGAAGGAGAAUCAGACUUGCAUUUAUUAUAUUACUGGCGAGUCUAAAGAAGUUGUUCAAAACUCAGCUUUUGUUGAACGUGUUAAGAAGCGAGGUUUUGAAGUUAUUUAUAUGGUUGAUCCAAUUGAUGAAUAUUGCAUUCACAAUUGAAAGAAUUUGAUGGAAAGAAGUUGGUUAGCGUGACUAAAGAAGGUUUGGAGUUGCCAGAAAGUGAAGAGGAAAAGAAGAAGUUUGAAGAAGAUAAAGUUAAAUUUGAGAAACUUUGCAAAGUUAUUAAGGUAUUAAGGUCUCUCUUGAAGAUC